AUGUCAUGGAGGACACAAAUACUCCUAGUGGAGAUCACAAUAUCAGUCAUCGUUCUAUUAAUGAGCGUUGGAUUCAUGGUGUUCAUCGGGUCUACGAGCUUUGAGCUAGAUAUUUUCGGGCGAGUUUCCAAUCUCUUUUUCACCCAAGUUUCUAUCUUCAUCCACUCUUCUGUUAUAAUAAUAUUGGCAUCCUGUGUGCAUUGCCUUUAUAAACAAAGGUGUAAGGCAUCUAAGCGCGCCCUAGCCGUGCUUUCUUGGAUCACGCAUGUUCUUUUUAUCCAGUCGUCCUUAGUAUACGUCUCUGCAGGCCUGUACUAUUCCGCCAUAACUAAUCCGACAACUCCGACACGCAUCUCCCCGUUCCUCACCUUCGCCGAUGAACUUCCUACAGGAUCGUUACAGAUUAAUUGGUAUCAUAAGCCCGUCACGGUGACCCAGGAGAAAAGCGGUCAUAAGCUCUGGCUUUAUAACAGCACCUUUGGCCCUGAGGUAACUGAGGAUGAUUUUCGACUUCAGGAGAAACCAGAUAUGUGGCUACCAAUUCCUGUUGAAUCUAUAGACCAUACACAUCACUCUAGGCUGUCUGGGUUGCAGCCAGGCCGCAAGUACUUCUAUAAAACGACUGUCAGCAAGAGCAUUUACCAUCUUAUUGCGCCCAAGCCACAAACGGGCUUUAGGUUUGCACUAAUCUCAGACACCCACGCUCGCUAUGGUGUGAACGUCCUCCUAAAGUCCUUUUUGGAAGAUAAGCAACCUGAUUUUGUGGUGCAUGGCGGUGACUUUGUGACAAUAGGCGCAGUCAUGGCUCAAUGGCGUCAAAUGAUGGCAGACCACGGUAUGUUCAGCUAUCUAAGGAACAAGCCACUCCUGGCGACAAGUGGCAACCACGAACUAUAUCGUAACGUUCUAGACAUUGUGACGGAUCGUAACAACUAUAAAAACCUCUUCAAUCAUCACCAAGUAGUUCAGCGUCGUGUAGGCUUGACUAGUUGUGAUCAAAACUAUAGGGACUGGGACGAUCUUCUCCAGUACAUCCCCCCUGCAGCUAGAAAGUAUUAUGACCCAGACAUAGUUGGUGAUAUUCCUCCGUUCGAUGAGGGUCAGUAUCUCACGCUUGAGUAUGGCAACACACUGUUUCUAAUUCUCGAUUGCAUGGAGGACUAUCAACGGCACAAACUUACUGGUGUUCCUCUGGGUCAUGUUUUCAGUCCUGAGCAACUUAAGUGGUUGAACACAACCUUGGUCAGAUACACCCCCACAAACCGCCCAGACAUAAAGUUUCGCGUCCUUGUGAGUCACAUCAGUAUGUACACCAUUACAAAGGCGCAGACUGAGCCCCUUCCUCUUGCGCUCCUUCUCGAGCCGUACAUCUGUCAAUAUCACGUUGAUGCCUUUGUCGUCGGCCAUAGUCAUCUAACUGAAGUGUAUAAUAGGACCUCUGUCUGCAGUGAGUUAGGUUAUCUAGACCAUUCGUUUUAUGCCGUUGUUCUAGGAACCAGUGGGGGGACACCAAAGCGAAUCGCUAAUUUGUUACGGGGAAAAUUUCGGUGGUCGACUUUGGAAGCCACAUCUCUAAGCCCUGCUAUCCGCGAAAGUGCCUAUGUGGCAAAGGACUUUGUAUAUGGGGCAUCGUUUUAUCAGUGCGUCAUAGUUGAUGUUUCUGACACCAGUUUGACCUUCCAUUUCUAUAAGCUUUCCACCAGACAUGAGGUGUUCCAACUUAGCAUUCUGAAGUAG